UUCGCAUUUUCAUGAAAGAACGUUAUUGACCGUUACUAGAAUUUGUAGUGGUUGUGGUCAACAGAGUGAUAGUUCCUUGAGUAUAUAAAGACUUUGACAAUGGAGUUUCGGUAGCAUUCAACAUGUUGACUUUAACGAAACUGUUUCUCAUCUGUGCUAUUUUCGCACUUUCCUCGGGAUCACCAUACUAUGAUACGGAUGGAGAGAUAAUUCAGAUUGUACCAAGACAACCGAAAGUUGGAGUUGGAAUUGUUAGUGGUAGUGGAGGUGGUCAUAGUGGUGGUGGUUAUAUUGGAAUAGGUCCACCAGGACCUCCAGGCCCUCCUGGAGCACCAGGAAAACGCGGACCACCAGGCGAGAAAGGUCGUGAUGGGCGAAAAGGUGAUCGUGGAAUUGCAGGCCCACCAGGACCACACGGACGUGACGGACGACCUGGCGCACCCGGCAGAGAUGGUGAAAAGGGUCCACGGGGACCAGACGGUAGCCCAGGCCGUCCCGGUGAACCAGGCCUUCGGGGACCACCUGGACGUGAUGGUGCACAAGGACCACAAGGACCCCAAGGAGAACGAGGAUUACCAGGAACACCAGGACCACGGGGCCCAAGAGGUCCACAGGGAAUUCGCGGACGAAGAGGUUAUCCAGGACCAGUAGGAGCACAAGGACCAGAGGGUCCAGCUGGUCCAUAAUCGUUAAAAAAAUACUAUUUAUU